AUGGAGGUGUUCUACUACGUCGUGUUCGGCGCGCUGGCCGCCGUCGUGGCGGGGCUCGAGCUCGGCAAGAGCGGCAAGGACCGCGUCGCCACCACCUCCGCCUUCAACUCCUUCAAGAACAACUACGUCCUCGUCUACUCCCUCAUGAUGUCCGGGGACUGGCUGCAGGGCCCCUACGUGUACUACCUCUACAGCCAGUACGGCUUCGACAAGGGCGACAUCGGCCGCCUCUUCAUCGCCGGCUUCGGAUCCUCCAUGCUCUUCGGCACCAUCGUCGGCUCCCUCGCCGACAAACAGGGCCGCAAGAGGGCCUGCAUCACCUACUGCAUCAGCUACAUACUCAGCUGCAUCACCAAGCACUCCCCCGAGUACAGGGUCCUCAUGAUCGGCCGCAUCCUCGGGGGCAUCGCCACCUCCCUACUCUUCUCCGCUUUCGAGUCGUGGCUCGUCGCCGAGCACAACAAGAGAGGCUUUGACCCGCAGUGGCUGUCCAUAACAUUCUCCAAAGCCAUCUUCCUUGGGAAUGGCUUAAUUGCCAUUGUAUCUGGGCUAUUCGCGAACCUUCUUGCUGAGAACUUGGGUUUUGGUCCUGUGGCUCCAUUUGAUGCGGCUGCAUGCUUUCUGGCGAUUGGCAUGGCUAUCAUAAUGUCCUCAUGGAGUGAAAACUAUGGAGAUCCAUCUGAAAGUAAGGACCUGAUGGCCCAAUUCAAGGUUGCAGCUAAGGCAAUUGCUUCAGAUGAAAAGAUUGCAUUGCUGGGAGCCAUACAGUCAUUGUUUGAGGGUUCAAUGUACACAUUUGUCUUCCUAUGGACUCCAGCAUUGAGUCCAAACGAAGAAGACAUUCCUCAUGGUUUUAUUUUUGCUACGUUCAUGCUGUCAUCCAUGUUGGGUAGCUCCAUUGCGUCGCGUCUAUUAGCCCGAAAGCUCAAGGUGGAAGGUUAUAUGCAGAUUGUGUUCUCGAUAUCGGCUGUCACCCUUGUCCUCCCAGUUGUCACCAAUAUCCUAGUGCCGACAUCUUCUGUGAAAGGAGGCAGCACAUCAGUUGGAGGUUCUCUUCAGCUUCUUGGUUUCUGCACCUUCGAGGCAUGUGUUGGCAUAUUCUGGCCAUCAAUCAUGAAGAUGAGAUCUCAGUACAUUCCUGAGGAAGCAAGAAGCACAAUCAUGAAUUUCUUCCGCAUACCACUCAACUUGUUUGUUUGUGUAGUGCUUUACAAUGUGAAUGCAUUCCCAAUCACUGUCAUGUUUGGGAUGUGUUCUAUCUUCCUCUUCAUGGCAGCAAUCUUGCAGAGACGGCUGAUGGUUGUCUCUGAUCUACACAAAUCAUCAACUAAAACACAAGAAAUGAUCGAGGAAGAUGAGCCACUAAAUCCUUAG